UGGCCGAGUUCCUGCAGGACCAGAAUGCACCCCUGGUUUCCCGGGCCCCGCAGACCUUCAAGAUGGAUGAUUUGUUGGCGGAGAUGCAGGAGAUCGAGCAGUCGAACUUUCGCCAGGCUCCCCAGAGAGCUCCUGGCGUGGCGGACUUAGCCUUGUCUGAGAACUGGGCCCACGAGUUUCUGGCCGCUGGGGAUGCUGUGGACGUCGCUCAGGAUUAUAAUGAGGCUGACUGGUCCCAAGAGUUCAUCUCUGAAGUUACAGACCCCUUGUCUGUGUCCCCUGCCCGCUGGGCCGAGGAAUACCUGGAACAGUCAGAGGAGAAGCUGUGGCUGGGAGAGCCUGAGGGAACGACCACCACUGACCGCUGGCAUGAUGAGUACCAGCCCGAGGGGGACCUGCAGCGCGCAGCCAGCGAGUUUGUGGCCCGGGUGGACGACCCCAAGCUGGCCAGCUCUGAGUUCCUGAAAUUCGUGCGGCAGAUUGGCGAGGGGCAGGUGUCCCUGGAGUCCGGUGCAGGGUCUGGCCGAGCUCAGGCAGAACAGUGGGCAGCAGAGUUUAUACAGCAGCAGGGUACGUCGGAUGCCUGGGUUGACCAGUUCACGAGACCAGCAAACACAUCUGCCCUGGACGUGGAGUUUGAACGAGCCAAGUCAGCGAUAGAGUCUGAUGUCGAUUUCUGGGACAAGUUGCAGGCAGAGCUGGAGGAGAUGGCAAAGCGGGACGCCGAGGCUCACCCCUGGCUCUCCGACUACGAUGACCUCACGUCUGCUUCCUACGAUAAGGGGUACCAGUUUGAGGAGGAGAACCCCCUGCGCGAUCACCCGCAGCCUUUUGAAGAGGGGCUGCGGCGGCUUCAGGACGGGGACCUGCCCCACGCCGUGCUGCUCUUUGAGGCGGCCGUGCAGCAGGACCCCAAGCACAUGGAAGCUUGGCAGUAUCUGGGCACCACCCAGGCGGAGAAUGAGCAAGAACUGUUAGCCAUCAGCGCCUUGCGGAGGUGUCUGGAGCUGAAGCCGGACAACCGGACGGCCCUGAUGGCGCUGGCCGUGAGCUUCACCAACGAGUCCCUGCAGCGACAGGCCUGUGAGACCCUGCGAGACUGGCUUCGCUACACGCCGGCCUACGCCCACUUGGUGGCGCGCGGCGAAGAAGGGGCCGGUGGGGCUGGACUGGGCCCCAGCAAGCGUAUCCUGGGGUCUCUGCUGUCGGACUCCCUGUUUCUGGAAGUGAAAGAACUCUUCUUGGCCGCUGUGCGCCUGGACCCUGCCUCCAUUGAUCCUGACGUGCAGUGUGGCCUCGGAGUCCUGUUCAACCUGAGUGGGGAGUAUGACAAGGCAGUGGACUGCUUCACUGCGGCCCUCAGCGUCCGUCCCAAUGAUUAUUUGCUGUGGAACAAGCUGGGGGCCACCCUGGCCAAUGGAAACCAGAGCGAAGAGGCAGUAGCGGCAUACCGCCGGGCCCUCGAGCUGCAGCCUGGCUACAUCCGGUCCCGCUAUAACCUGGGCAUCAGCUGCAUCAACCUUGGCGCUCACCGGGAGGCUGUGGAACACUUCCUGGAGGCCCUGAGCAUGCAGCGGAAGAGCCGGGGCCCUCGCGGCCAGGGGGGCGCCAUGUCGGAGAACAUCUGGAGCACCCUGCGCUUGGCGCUGUCCAUGCUGGGCCAGAGCGACGCCUACGGGGCGGCCGACGCGCGGGACCUGCCCGCCCUCCUGUCGAUGUUUGGCCUGCCCCAGUGACGCUGGGAUGGGCUGCCCUCGCGUGGGGCUCCCGGUGCUCGGCCUGGCUGGCUGUGUCAGGACCCAAAUCAAGAGCCGCAUCGGGACGGGUGCCUCUCCUGGGGGAGGCUCUAAAGCGUAAGCCAGUACCUGUAUUUGGAGAUGGAUGUCCACGACCGCGCUGGAAAUAAACAAAAAAUGUUUGAAAAGGUGGCUCAAAAGGCUGCAAGAAAACGUCUAAAAGAGAACUGCUUCAGUAAAUCAUCCAGUGAAACGUUUGGCUGUUAAGUUACAUUUAUGGGACAAUUUCCAGUGACACUAUAAUGAGAAGAAAGGAUAGCAGAUUAUUUACAGAUUAUCUCAGGAAAAAGUACAUCGGAAAGAGAAUAAAGGACUAUCCCAGUA